AUGGAUCAAGGAACAUUGAUCGAAUUGGUGCAGCAAUAUAAGCAUUUAUAUGAUAAGAAGCACAAGGAGUUCAAGAACAAACUGGCCAAAAUCAAUGCUUGGACAACAAUUGCUGAAAUAAUGGGCCACACAAGAGAGGAAGUUGAAAUUGCUUGGACUUCUUUGAGGAACCGAUUUGUGACGGAAAGAAGGAAAAUUCGUUACACUCCUACAGGAAGUGCAGCAACAACAGAAUGGCGCUAUUUCAAGCAAAUGUCCUUCCUGGAAGAGCAUGUAACAGUCAGAAAGACCUAUGGGAAUAUUGAACUGACACAAAAUAGCUCCCAAAGUAGCAUGCUGCAACCAUCAACAGAGGAAAUGAAUCUGUCAGAAACUGAACAAUCUCAACAAGAAAUAAAAAAUGUAACUGAAGAAAUGAGUGUUGAGGUGGAUUUCAUGUCCACAUAA